UCCCGAGAGGCGGCGAAGGCAGCAGCAGCACUGGCAGCGCCGGCAACAGCAGCAGCAGCCCCGGGCGGCCUCGGGCGGGGCCGCUCAGACGGACGGACGGACAGAGGGCGCUGGGGGCGCGCAGCCCGCCCGGUCCGGCCAUGGAGGGAGCCUCGUUCGGCGCAGGCCGUGCAGGGGCCGCCCUGGACCCUGUGAGCUUUGCGCGGCGGCCCCAGACCCUGCUGCGGGUUGCGUCCUGGGUGUUCUCCAUUGCCGUCUUCGGGCCCAUAGUCAACGAGGGCUACGUGAACACCGACAACGGCCCGGAGCUGCGCUGCGUCUUCAACGGGAACGCGGGCGCCUGCCGCUUCGGCAUCGUGCUCGGCCUCGGGGCCUUCCUCGCCUGCGCCGCCUUCCUGCUGCUCGACAUGCGCUUCCAGCAGAUCAGCAGCGUCCGCGACCGUCGCCGCGCGGUGCUCCUGGACUUGGGCUUCUCAGGGCUCUGGUCCUUCCUGUGGUUCGUGGGCUUCUGCUUCCUCACCAACCAGUGGCAGCGCACGGCGCCGGGUCCGGGCACCCUGCAGGCGGGAGACGCGGCGCGGGCCGCCAUUGCCUUCAGCUUCUUUUCCAUCCUCAGCUGGGUGGCGCUUACCGUGAAGGCCCUGCAGCGGUUCCGCCUGGGCACGGACAUGUCGCUCUUUGCCACCGAACAGCUGGGUGCUGGGGCGGGCCAGGCCUACCCAGGCUACCCGGUGGGCAGCGGUGUGGAGGGCACGGAGACCUACCAGAGCCCGCCCUUCACCGAGACCCUGGACACCAGCCCCAAAGGGUACCAGGUGCCUGCCUACUAGCGGCUGGUGGGCCCAGACCAAGGUUCCAAGCCUGCCCCACCAACGCAGGAUCCAAGGCCUCCUGGGACCUCUCUCAGGUCCUCCUGGCGCAGCAGCAGGGUGUGGCCGAGAGAAAAUAGCCUCCAGGGUGCCUGGGCUGUCCCCCCCAAGUUCCUUUGGUCCCUUUAGUCCCCCCCGCCCACGGUCAGAGGUCCUGAGAGGAGACAGCACGGGCCUGGGCACAUGUCCUCCAGUGGACCAGCCUAGGGGCCUUUCCCCUGGAGAGAGAGCCAGCCACCUGUCCAUUCUGGGGUCAGGGAUCCAGCUGCCCUCCAUAGCCAGGUGCAGGCGCUGCCCUGGACUGGGAGUGACUGGGAAGGGACAGCGCCCUCACCCCGUGGCCUGGCAAGCAUGGCCACCCUUAUCCCAAGUCCCUGUGGGUGGCGAUGGUCCUGGUGGCUCACCUGUAGGGCCAUGUGCUCUGUCUGUAGCCGCCCUCCAUUCCUCAUCAGGCAACUAGAGUAGCCAGGCCCUGUCGCCGUUGUGAUUGUGGUCACGUCUUCAGGUUUCACCUCAUAGUUCCCCACAUGCAGCCCCUCUUUCUGUGGCCCCUGCUCCAGCCCUUACCUGCCUCGGCCCGGGCCCCUGCUGGGGUGUGGGUGGCUCUGGCCAGGGAAGCACAGCGUGGCUGUAGGCCUGGGCAGCAACCCCUUAGUAAGACCUUGCCCAAAGGAGGUUCCAGACACCGGGGUGCCUGGUACCACAAGCUCCUCAUGAGCAGAGGCCUAGAGGCUCCACCUGCCCACCCUGCCCUGGAGUCGGCCAUUCCCUGCCAACGGCAUUACUUUGGCUUCCUGGGCUAGUCCCUGAACUCCCCACCCUGCACCCCAUUUUGAGGCCCAGCCCGAGGCGGGGGUGGGGGGUCCCUCUGCAUAGCUGAGUACUCAUGCAUUGCUCGAAGCUGGCUUUUCUCAUUAAGUCAAUACCAAAUGCGGUUGCCACAUCUCAUUCUUACAGACAGACGCCUCCCUCUGGAAUUGCAGUUGAGUGACGGCCCUGUACACUGUAGCCUAGACCCAUCAUGUGUGGCUAUUGAAGUGAACAUGUUUACAAUUUUUGUAUAUAUGGGUCUCGCCCUCCUUCUGAAAGAACAAUCCGUGAUUGUGUAUUUUCAGUGUCCCAUGUUCCAACUGCAACUUAUCUAUAAUAAAGACUAUAAAUGAGA